AACAAGCGGAAAAAAAACAAAAAAAGAGAAAUUAAACAAGACAAUAAAGGGUGUGAUGAGCCUAUGAUUCAUGGAGCAACCUGCGCAUAGGUAGUUUCAAGCAUGAUCAUCUGGUUGUUGGGACGAAGGACGAUUCAAAUCUCAUUAAUAUAUUGAAUUAAAUCUUGCCUUCGCCAAACUCCAAUAGGAUAAAAUAAUCAACCAAUGAAUGAAGCGGUCCUCCUCAUCCUCUUUCUCCUCCCCGUGUUCCAAGUCUUGAUGAUCGUUUUCCGCUCUUUUAUUUAUCUUUAAUUAUUCCACAUGUUGACCAAGUAAAACUUCGCCGUCUUCUUCACAAACUCCCAAAUGACUUGGUCUUCUCGUUCUCAUCUCCAUCAUUCUCCUCCAUUUCCUCCAUGCUCACCCUUUCUAUUCUUCCACUCUCACUUCGAUCUUUCGCGCUGAUAUUUUGUGAACUACGGUGCAACAUGGCUGAUCAUGAACAUGGUCGUUAUGAUCGCUACCACAAGGUUCAUCAUCAUCACCAUAGAAGCACAUUCCUGCCGAUGCUGUGUUCGGGGCCGUCUAUGAUCAAAGACGUGAGUGUUCCACGGUGGGGGAACCGGACGGCAUCGUUCUCCGACGAUCCCUCGUCCCCUAGAAUCGGCUGUACGGGUCAAGUGAAGAGGAACAACAAAGUAGCGGGGUUACCUACCACCUCGCAAUCACGUGGAUUCACCAGCCUCACCAACAAAAGCAAUGCUUCAACACCCCCCUUCUCUGCUCUGAUUAAGUACUCCAAACUCAGGAAGAUUUUCUAUGCCAAGAGUCUAACCACUAACACUCCCGAUACUGCUCACACGGUGACGAGUUGUGGAAGUAGGCGUCGAUAUGCCGUGAGGAAUAAUAAGAAUAGAGACGAGACUUGUGUUGCUGUGAGCAUUGAUGAGAUGGACCCUCCAUUGCCGGUGGUAAAGCGAGCACAGAAAUCGGAGGAAGAAAGAGAAGCGGAAAGUCUUUGGAAAAGGAGAUCUGGCGGGGUUGCCUUGAAAACUCUUCAGCUUCAACACAUUCAUCAUCCAAGGCAUCUUCUUCAGCCUACUGGUGUAUGAUUGGAUGCAAUUUUUUGUUUUUGGGCUAAAGAUGAAGUAAAUGAUCUUUAGUUUAGCUUAACCAACUUUUAGCUCGGAAGAGUUUCUUCAUUUUCAUUAGUACCCCCGUUAUGGUGACGCAGCACUACCACUGGGUCAUAGAUCGAGGCCCUUGAACCCAGGUUAACCAGAAAACUCAUCACUGUCUCUUGAAAAUGCCGCAAGGUGUAAAUUAGUAUAGGAAUAAAGCAGCCCAUUAGAAAUGGAAGCUGCAAGCAGUUCAAACCUUGGAGGGCGCAAUGUUUAGAGAAAAUCGUAGUCCUUGGGAAUCUGCGUCUCCAGAAUGAACCGAUGGAUCAUUGCUGAAAUUUAUGAUUUGUCAAGCCACAGAAACAGAAGUCGGGAGAGAAGAAUAUAUGGUACUACCACAGCUAUAAUCAUGGGGAAAAAAAAAAGUAUUUUACACAUAUUUCUAGACAUUCGCAGAUUGAAAACUGUUGAAAGCUCGAGCUCUCACAGCAUAUCUCGUUCAACAGUUACCCAAGACUAGUGUUCAGUCAACAUCAUGCAUGUUAGCAAAUACAAGACAGUGCGCGUAUGGGAGGAAAAUUCAAUCCCGACUACAAUGGACGCGGCCAGGGUCAAUGAUGUUAAGCUGUGUGAAAUCACACACACCGCAGAACACUUCUAAUCCAACAAACAUCUUUCAUCUUUUCGUUCGUUCUUUCUUUUUUUCUUCACUUUUUUAAGAUAAAAAUAGAAAAAGGUGCUCAAGCCCAAAACAACAAAACAUUUUAUGAACUGUCGGUAAACGUGAGAAAAUCGUUUUAACCAAAAACAAAAGAACUCGAGAGAACCAUCGUCAAGAGUCCAGAACUCUAAUGGAGGGGCAAG